GAGAAUAUCACAAGAACUUGCCCACUUCCGCCUUUCCUCCGCACACACGUACACACAUACAUACAUACAUACAUAUAUAUAUAUAUAUAUUAUAUCAGCCAUUCAAUUGGGUUUUUCCCCUGCUAACCAAUUCGACCAAUUGCAUUGUGUGUUGGUCUCUGUCUCUGGGGGGGGGGGGGGGGGGAAUUGGAAGAGAGUUUGGGACAUGGAGAAAGCUCUCAACAGACAGAGAAUCCUGCUUCAGCAUCUCCAACCCACUUCCCAUUCUGGGUCCUCUUCUCAGACCCAGGAGUCUGCUAACUUGUCUGCUUCAAUAUGUGCUGCAGGAGAUAAUGCAGCUUAUCAUAGAACUGCGGCUUUUGGGGAUGACAUUGUUAUUGUGGCAGCAUAUCGAACUGCAAUUUGUAAGGCCAGGCGUGGGGGGUUCAAGGAUACUCAUCCCGAUGAUCUACUCGCUCCGGUCCUUAAGGCAGUGUUAGAGAAAACAAAUACGAACCCAGUGGAGGUGGGGGAUAUAGUUGUUGGUACAGUUUUGGCCCGGGGCUCACUGAGAGCGACCGAGUGUAGGAUGGCUGCAUUUUAUGCUGGCAUUCCUGAGACGGUGCCUAUUAGGACUGUCAACAGGCAAUGCUCAUCCGGCCUUCAAGCAGUUGUUGAUGUUGCCGCCUCCAUAAAAGCCGGAUUUUAUGACAUUGGAAUUGCUGCUGGGCUGGAAUCAAUGACUGUAGAUGCAAUUGGCAGGGUUCCAAAUUUUAAUCCGAGAGUGAAAAUGUUUGCUCAAGCCCGGGAUUGUCUUCUUCCUAUGGGGAUCAUUUCUGAAAAUGUGGCUCAGCGCUAUGGUGUUACUCGCCAAGAGCAAGACCACGCUGCUGUCGAGUCUCAUAGACGAGCUGCUGCUGCAACUGCUUCUGGCAAAUUCAAGGACGAGAUAAUUCCAGUCACAACCAAGCUCAUGGACCCAAAAUCUGGAGACGAGAAGCCUGUGACGAUUUGUGUGGAUGAUGGUAUCCGAGCAAACACGAACAUGGCAGACCUAGCAAAGCUGAAGCCUGCAUUUAAAAAGGAUGGAGCCACAACUGCUGGGAAUGCUAGUCAAGUGAGUGAUGGAGCCGCUGCUGUGCUGCUCAUGAAGAGAAGUAUGGCUUUACAGAAGGGACUCCCGAUUCUCGGUGUUUUCAGGAGUUUUGCUGCAGUUGGUGUGGACCCUGCUGUCAAUGGGAUCGGUCCGGCAGUGGCUAUUCCAGCUGCAGUGAAGUCAGCAGGGCUGGAGCUUGAUGAUAUCAAUCUCUUUGAAAUCAAUGAGGCAUUUGCAUCUCAGUAUGUUUACUGCUGUAAGAAGCUGGAGCUUGACUCUGAGAAGGUCAAUGUCAACGGAGGCGCGAUAGCUCUCGGGCAUCCUUUGGGCACUACAGGUGCUCGGUGUGUUGCAACUCUACUGAACGAGAUGAAGCGUCAAGGAAGAGACUGCCGGUUCGGGGUUAUUUCCAUGUGCAUAGGUACGGGAAUGGGUGCAGCAGCUGUUUUUGGUAUAGAAUGAAAAUCAUCACAAGUUUAAAACUAGAGUAACGCGGUCAGGUUAGGAGCUUAGGAUGAUGUCACAUGCUUAGUCUGGCCAGUGGCAUCUGACUGGGAGGAAAUAGCAUGAUUCUUAAGAUGACAUGCCAUUUCCAAUCGAUUUAAGGACCAUUUAAGAUUUUCCAUGACAUAAAAGAUAGGUUCUUGUCGGUCCAAAUUUGUGAUGUGAUCCAUGUCCAUGAACACCAGCAAGUUUCCACACAGGCAGUGUAUUGCAUUAAAUGACAGGCAACAGACUCAAUACUGGAAUUGCAUGGGCAGCAUGUAUAUCAUCGCUCGUCAAUAUUCGUGAUCAGAACACUAA